CGCAUGCUCGCUCCAGUUUCCCGCACAGCGACGCGACCAUCGCCCAUUCUUCCUCUCUCCGCCUCUGCAGUGUCGAGAGCGACUGCUGAAUCGCGUCAGCGUUGACUUUGCUCGAGCGCCCUUGCGAAGUCCUCCAUUCACAUCGAGCCGCGCUGGCCUGAGCUUUUCUCUUUGUCUCCAAUCACGAGCUCUCGUACACAGCUCUACCGCUCCCUUCACGACUACGUGCAAUCAACGCCAGCGCAAGGAAGAACCUACAAAGCGUUCUGGACGGCUCCAAUCCUGUGCUCCAUCUACUACAGCUCAAGAGCAGCUGCGACUCUGAUUCGAGAAGCCCGCCCACGAUGUUUGUCGCAACCCGCUCUGUUCGACCGUUUGAGGACCCGCUGCUGAUCACCACUUCAGCUUCCCGUGCACAGAAAAACAGCCUUCAAAUGAUACACGCACCAUAAUUGCCAUUAGCGACUCUUCCUGAGCCAUGCCUCAGAAGCGCAAGCGCCCCGAACCCGCUCCCCCGGAGGGUGGGCGACCCUCGCCGCACCGCCCAGGUGACACGUCCCUUGCUCAGCAUGAUCGGGACGCUGGCAACCGGGGUCGCGGUCGCGGGGGAGGCCACAGGAACAACAGCUUCCAUCGUCGAGACUCUUCGGCUAGUCAGAGCGGUAGGAACCAGACGCAGCCAAGCCCGUCGCCUUCACGCAGAGAAUCGAACGCGCACAACGGUGGCCCCCCUACGACGCCAGCUACGACACAAGCACCUCCCAAAUCUUUCACGACGCCCACGACGACCACAAUGCAGCCACCCACGCCAGCAUCCACGAACCCUGCCCUUUUCGACCGCCGAUACGAACACCUCACAGACGAAAAGCUCAAGAGCUGGACCGACGGCUCACGAAAUCAGAUUGUCAGCCACGGCUGCCAGUCUCGAGACGACCAGGACACAGCAGAGCUCUCGGUGCUUUUCCAGGAAUUCAUAUACUCGGUCAUGGAGGGGCGCAUGCCGCCGACAGAGGCUGGGCGCUGUGUCAGGGAGAUGUUGGGUGAGGCCAACCCGUCUAAGGAACCCGUGUUCUCACCACAUAAUCUUCUUCUCGACCUGCUUCAGCUCAUCCUCGAUGUCGGCGCGGGCAGGUUCGUGCCCACCCUUGGUGUCUUUCUCGAGGAAACGGGCAUCUCGGUCGACUUGGCGCGGCGCGUGCUGGAAGGAACCGUCCUCUCGCAACUAGGUCUUGUGCGGAAUCAAUUCGAUAGGACGGGCGUCAAGCAUGCGACCAACUAUCUCUACCGCCAGGCCAACUACAACCUGCUUCGCGAGGAGUCGGAAGGCUACGCCAAGCUCAUCACAGAGUUGCACAUGACGAGCGACAACUUCAGCACGGACGUGCCCAAGGAGACCUUUGAGCGCAUCAAGGCCCUCGUGGGCACAUUUGACAUUGACGUGGGCCGCACACUGGAUGUGACCUUGGACGUGUUUGCCGUUAUGCUCGUCAAGCAGUUCAAGUUCUUCGUCAGGCUCCUGCACGACAGCUCCUGGUGGCCCAAGGGGGGUCUCGUCGAAGGGAACGACGCUUUCAUCGGCGGCCUGCCUACGUGGGCCACACCUGGCUACCCAGCGUGGUUCACCUCGGAUGAGGACGAGGCAGACAACAGCGCCAAGCGCCUGCUUCGGGAUGUCAGCUUCUGGGACAGAGCGCGCGAGGUGCGAACCGAGGCCUUUUUCGAAAUCGGCGGCCGACGUGUUUCUCAACCAGACAGCGAUGCCUGGCAAAGCAAGGAUGGCGAUGAUGCCGUCGUCGCUGCGCGGAAAGCAUGGGUCGAGAUCACAAAGACAAUCCCGCCCCAUGGCAACUACGUCGCCGCCAACCUUCUCGGAUUCAAGCUGCUCUUCUACUACUCGCCAAACCGCAACCCUACCGACGUACUGCCUGCCAACCUACUCUACCUUGCCGCGCUCCUCAUCAAGAUUGGAUUCGUUUCGUUCCCCGAUCUCUACCCCCACCUAUCACCACCUGACGAAGGCAUGGAGAAGGUUCGAGAGGCCAAGAUGAAGGAGGUGGAGGAGGCCGAGCGCAAGGCGCGCGGAGGCUCUAUGAAUGCCUUGCUGAUGGCUGGUGCGCUGACCAACGACGAGGACGAGAAUCCACAUGCCCCCCCUCGCCGGCUGCCAGCAGGCAAAAAUGAGCCCGACAAGACGCAGACGACGAAGAAGGAGCCUGAGGAGGCGAAAAAGGACGAACCUCACGAGCAAAAGGUGUCUCUGCUCAUCCAACUCCUCACCAUCGGCGCACUGCCAGAAGCCACUUUUAUCCUUGGUCGUUUCCCCUGGAUACCCGAAGCAUAUCCAGACGUGCUCGAUGGCAUCCAUCGUAUUUUGCAUGUCUGUGUGAGCAAGGUCUUUGAAGAGUCAAAGCCCAAACUCUCGACGUCGGCCACAUGUCCCGUCAAGAAUAUGCCAGACUACGACCAAACAGGCGUGCCCAAGGGGAGCGUCAAGGUCAGCCCGAUGACCAUCAAGAAGACCCUCAAGUGGCCGACGCCGGACAAGAACGACCAUGGCGACAACCAGGAUUACCACUACUACUGGGAUGAAUGGACCGACAACAUACCCGUUUGCCAAACCGUCGACGACAUCUUCACGCUCUGCGAGUCCUUCCUCAACUUCUCCGGCGUCAACAUUGGCAAGGACGCUGCCCUUCUCGGCAAGCUGGCCACAAUUGGCGCCAAGAGUUUGCAUGUUGACCCCUCGGAGUCGAACAAGACACGAUGGAGGGAACUCUUGAAACGCCUCCUCCUACCAGCGCUCAGCCACACCCACGCGAACGCCUCGGUGGUGGAUGCUAUCUGGACCCUCUUGAAGCGUUUCGACACCACCACUCGCUACGCCCUGUACGCCGAGUGGUUUGAAGGCCAGACCUCCCGCUUGCCCAGCAUGAAGACAGCCUUUGAGCGCGCCAGGGCGGAGACGCGAGCUACCAUGAAGCGUGUCUCGCUGACCAACCUGAGCGAGAUGGCCAAGCGCCUGGCCAAAACCUCCUACUCCUCACCCGGCGUCGUCUUCACCGUCGCCUUUGGCCAGUUGGAGUCGUACCCGAAUCUGAUCGAGGCGUUUGUUGAGUGCGCCAAGUACUUUACGGACCUGUCGUACGACGUACUGAUCUGGUCUCUGUUGAGCUCCCUCGGCAAGCCCCGCAGCCGCACACAGGCCGAGCACGCCCUGACUACCAGCAAGUGGCUCUCGGCCUUGUCGCGCUUCGUCGGCAAGGUAUACCGCCGCUAUUCGAACCUCACACCCGUGCCAGUGCUCAGCUACGUCGAUGAGCAGCUGUCGCUUGGUAAUUCGACAGACCUGGUCAUUCUGAAGGAGUUCCUCUCCUCCAUGGGCGGCAUUGUCGACGCGUCCGACUUCUCGUACGACCAGAUCCUCGGCAUGGCGGGUGGCGAGUACCUCCGCAAGCAAACCCUCGUCAAGUCGGGCGACCUGCGCUACGACAACGCCCGGAGCUCCAAGCGCCUGAUCCAGGCCUUGACGGAGACCGAACUAGCAUCCCAAAUCCUCACCAACCUCGCGCAGUUCAGACAAGCGCGUCCGUUCCAGAUCGAUGAGGACGAGGCGCAUAUCAAGUAUCUGUCGACGAUUGUGGACGACUCGCACAAGAUUCUGUACCAGUACGUCGACUUCCUCUGGAGCAACGUUGAUCCAGCCACCUUUGACAAACUUGUCCCUUCGAUACUGGACCUCAUGAGGACGUUUGGACUGGACGCCAGUUUGGCGUUCCACAUUGGAAGGAGCAGCCUCUCGCACCGAAUGUUCCCUUGGAAGUCAAAGGAGACACAGGAGAAGGAGGACGCCGCAAAAGACCAGGAUGGGGACGCGAAGAUGGUCGAGGCAGGAUCUGCGAAAGAGGCGGGCCAGGAGACGACGGCGACAGAGGUUCAAAAGACCGACGAGCCGUCCCUCGAUGGCGCUGUUCUCACCCCCAUCGCUGAGUCCAUCAGGGACAUUUUGCCUGCUGACGUCUGGGAGAAGAUCACGCCCGACCUCUUCGUCACGUUCUGGGCACUCCAGUUGGGUGAUCUGUACUGCCCGGACCACAUCUACCGCCAAGAGGCCAAGCACGUCGAGCAGACCGAGAAGGCUCUGGCCCAAGAUCGAACGGACAUGACAAAUCGCCGUGUGAUGGACCGCAGGCUUGCCAAGAGAAAGGAACUUAUGAAUUUCCAGAUUGGCUUGCACGAGGAACGUCAGGAGCACGCGUUGCGUCAGGGUCGGUGGAAGUUCUACCUCUCCAAGCACUUUCAGUCGGCGUUUCCUGACCCCAAGCCAAGCCCAGAGGCGAUUGCGGACGAGCUGCUCGAAAGCUGCUUUCUACCCCGUGUGGUUGUCUCCCCGGCCGAUGCUGAGUAUACCUAUCGUUUCAUCAGGAUGAUGCACGAGUGCAACGCGCCUGGCUUCAAGCUCAUGACGCUCUACGACCGGCUUUUCAAUGCAAAUCGUCUCCGCGCCCUGAUCUUCGCCACAUCUGUCCGGGAAGCCGAGAAUGUCGGACGCUUCCUCUCGCUCAUCCUGGAGAAUCUAUCGCUGUGGCACAAGAAUGCCCCUCUGCCAACCGAGAAGGCCAGCAAGGAUCACCCAAAGCUUGGCGUCUACGAGCGGGAAGCCAAGGGGCCGGCGGAGCAGCCCAAGCUUGGCUUCGCACUGACAGUCGACGAGAAUGGCAAGCCCAGCACGUUUGUCGAGCACGCACAGUUCCAGGACAUGCUCUUCAAGUGGCACAGGAAUCUCAACACGGCUCUCAAGAGCUGCCUGGGCGGCAUGGAGUGGAUGCACAUCCGCAACGCACUGACUGUGCUCAACCGCGUCAUUGACUUCUUCCCUGCCAUUGACUUCCAGGCCAAGCAGUUUAUGAAGCAGCUCGAGACCAUCCACGAGAGGGAGGGUGCCUCGUCCAAGUCAUCCGGCGACGAGGAGGCAGCCCACCGGGUGGACUUGUCUGUGGCCGCCCAAGGUACAUUGUCUGAACUCAUGCGGCGGAAACCCAAGUGGAUGAUGGUUCAGGCCUUCCGCCCUAAUUCGGUGGGAGGCGGCCAAAGGUCCGAAGACAAGGGUAGCUUGAACGCGGCAGCAGCCGAAUUCAAGCCAACAAGCGCCGACACCAGGAGGACUGGCGGCGGCAACGAAGCGGAAGAUGGCGAGGUGGCUGAUGCCGCGAAGACAAGAGGCGCAGACAGCUCGACUCAACCAUCCAAGUCCAACACCGACUCGCUCCCGUCAAAGCCCUCGCCUGCCCAUGGGCGAGAUACACCAAAGAGAGACGUUGCCUCGUCCAAUACCUCACGCUCUUCGACAUCCAGGAACGAUAAUAACAGACCUGGGAACCUGCCGAAUCGCCCCAUUCACCAUCUGCCCACCCGACCCGAUGUCCCGAUACCCGCUCACCCCAACAGCAGUGAUCGAUUCGCUCACGCACCUGCUCGUCCAGGCGACCGACGUGACCCUAGGGAGACUAGAGAGCCUCGGGAUGCUCGAGGUGGCCGCGAAGGGCUUGACGCGCGCAGCUCCCCACGUGAAGGACUUCCUGCUCGGGACCCUCGUUCAGAUUCGCGAGGGCCUCGUGACGUACGCGACACUCGCGAACACCGCCACGAUCCGCGUGACAACUGGCGUCAGGAGAAGGACUGGGCGGAGCAUAACAUGAGCCAGCCACCGGAUCGACGUGGCCUCGACCCCCGCGAAUCUCAUCAUGGGCCACGACCCGUUCCCGGCCAGGAGCGCGAUCGACCUCUACGUGAAGGCCGUGGUGGUGGCAGGGUGAGUGAGUUGCCUCCUGAGCGACCACCGUCCGCUCAUCAAUUGCCAACACCUCAAAAUCCCGACUUGCCCAUCAACCCUGAGCGUGCGGCACUGCUGCGUCACGAUGCGCCCGGCUCUGCUCCCGGACCUCGCGGUGUCAGUGACUCGGAAAAGCCGAGUCGUGGACGCCGUCCCGGGCCGGCAGAGACACCAGAGCACAUCAACCCCGACCGCGCAGCCCUGUUGGGCGGCCCAGCUGCUGAUGCCAGUGGUACACCAUCCCGGCCUGCCCGAGAUGACGUGAGAGACAGAGGUGGAAGGACGCACUCCCCACGACGGGGCGGCCCUGGCCAGCUCGAUCAACCGUAUGAUAGGCGUCCGCCUGCUCGUGGCGGCCGAGAGCGAUCCCCCGGUCCUCGAGAUCGACCUUUUCCCAGUGGACCGGACACUAUGCGUCAGAACUUUGACCCUCGCGCCCACGAAGACUCCAACUACGGGCGACUCAACCCCGUCCAGUCGACCCCAGACAUUCCCUCCGGCCCUAGGAGUCGCGGACGUGGUGCUAGGGGCGGACAUCUUGGUCCUCAGGGUCACGGACACGCACCCCCUCUGCCUUCUCCCAGCGCGCCUGGAGCUGACCAGCGCUAUGGGGCCCAUUCCUCGUCUGGAGCCCUACCGCCGCGACCGCAUUCACAGCAGGACAGCGCGCAACAAGCGCCAGAGCGACAGCCGCCUACGGGGCCUGCAUCCGGACGCACGCAUUCUCAUGGGCCUGGUGGACACGGUGGUGGGCGACGCAACGACGGACCUCCUCCCCCUGGUCCGCCCAAUCAGCCGCCUAUGGGACCCGGGGGCGGUCACUCGCAUCACAAUGACCGAUCAAGGAACAUGAACGACGCUCCGUCCGGCGGUGGGGUCCAUCCUGAACGUCUGGCCCAGCUUGGCAACUCCGGACGAGGAGCACCGGCCUCACCGUCAGCUGGACCUGGCCCUACACCGCAAGGCCCGACUGCAGAUGCCCCAGAUCGCCCCAGGAGUGACCCUCGUGCCAAUGCGCACGCUGCAGCUGCCGCUGCUGCUGCCGACAACUCUUCGAGGGAUCGACCACCGAACAACAACAAUGCCAGACAAGGCACGAGGCAGCUCGCUGGCAUCAACAACGUACUGCAGGCCAACAGCCCCAGCGUCGGCGGUGGUGUUGGAGGCGGCAACGCAGGCAACGGCCCUCGUCGAGGCCAGCCACGCACCAUGCUGGCCAACUCGGAUGUGCAGGUCCUCACGGGAGGCUCGCCCGUCACGACGCCAGGUCACGAGCGUGCCGACCCUAUGCUGGGAAGCAAACCCCCCAACGGCGGCUUCGAUGAAGGCAGCGGCAGCGGCAGCCACGACAGCCGCGACCGUCGCGACAACCGGGACAGGGACAGGUCCGACAGAUCCUACCGAUCCCGCCGCAGCAGCCGGGACCGCGAGCGAGAGCGCAGCCCCGCGCGUGACAAGGAGCAUAAGGACCACCGAGAAUACCGCGAGAGGGAAGGCAGACGAUCCGGCGCCGGUGGCGGCAGCGAGUCUCGCGACUCGUCGUCUCGUCGACAAAACGGAGCCAGUGGCGGCGGCAGCCUACUCAAGGACGGCAUGCUCCCGCCAUCAUCGUCUUCUGGCUCAGGGCGCUACCGCAACGACGACGGCAGCCGCAGCCGAGGCGGUGACGAUCGUCGCCGACGGAGGACAGACGAUGGCUCGGGACUGCCACCGCCACCACAAAUACCACCCCCCCAAGGCCCUCCCGGUGGAGGCGGUGACCAUAGUCGCGAGAAACGACAACGGCGUUAGGGCACGCAAUUGUCCGCUAUGGAAGAGUUGAACGCUACAACAAACACGACCGGGCGGAAAUUGCACCAACAACCACGAUGGCCCGAGACGAGGAUGGGGAAUGAGCGUUUCUGACGGCGGCAGCAGUGCGUGCCACCCAUACUCACUACGUGUACUAUCAAUGUGCGAGGAUGAAACGCGAGAGAUCAGAGGAGACAGCAGAGAGUCCGAUGCAAUGUGGAGGGGGCGUUUUCUACUCCCGUAUUUCUUUCCUUUUUCUCUUCUUUUUUUUUUUGCGGACAUGUACAGCAUGAGAAUGGCGUUAGGGUAGGAAGGCGAGGAGAUGCGAAUGAUAAUGUACGUUGACCACUCUUGUAACUCUGACAACUCUUGCAUGUGUGCCGCGGUGACAAGUUCA